CCAUGCCUGAGCCCUCAAAGUCCGCUCCUGCUCCGAAAAAGGGCUCCAAGAAGGCAGUCACCAAGGUGCAGAAGAAGGACGGCAAGAAGCGCAAGCGCAGCCGCAAGGAGAGCUACUCCGUGUACGUGUACAAGGUGCUGAAGCAGGUCCACCCCGACACCGGCAUCUCGUCCAAAGCUAUGGGCAUCAUGAAUUCCUUCGUCAACGACAUCUUCGAGCGCAUCGCGGGGGAGGCCUCGCGCUUGGCGCAUUACAACAAGCGCUCGACUAUCACCUCCAGGGAGAUCCAGACUGCGGUCCGCCUGCUGCUUCCAGGGGAGCUGGCCAAGCACGCCGUGUCCGAGGGCACCAAGGCCGUCACCAAGUACACUAGCUCCAAGUGAACCCGCGCGCCCCAGAACUAUCGGAGUGUAGACUAUGACCCUGAUGAUAAAUGAGGAAAGGGAUCACAGCUUUCUGCUCCUACAACAUUGGCAACUAUGCUU